AUGGCCCCGCGAACAAACUCCACUGACGCACUCUCCAAAAUCCCGCCUCCGCUCCUCCACAGCAUGCGCGAAUCCUUCAGCGUGCUGGAUCGCGACAACAGCGGCAGUGUAAAUGCAGCAGACGUCGCAGAAAUGCUUUCGCAGCUUGGGCUCACCGCUACGCCGUCAACACUCAAUUCAUACUUUCCUGACGGUGCGAAGUCGAUCAAUUUGGCUACGUACCUCAACACCAUUUCGGAUCUUCUUUCCGGGCUCUCACACCCGAACGAACUGAAUGCGGCCUUCGAGGCUUUCGACGAUGGCGAUGAUGGUCAAAUCGAUCUAGGCGAGCUGAAAGAUGCGCUGUUGCACACUGCGCCUGAAGCUGGCGAGCGGAAGCUUACCGAGCGGGAGAUUGACAUGGUUGUGGAAGGUUUCAGUGGCAGGAGAGCCUUUGGAAAGGGAGGCAAGGGCCUCAACCGCAGCGAGGUCUUCAGAUAUCAAGAGUUUGUGGCUAGUAUCACGGGCGGUGGCAAUACAGAGAAUGGAGGUGGUGCAAUUGCACCUGCUUGA